AUGGCCCAUGGAGAAACAAAACAUAGAAAGGACGACGUUCUGGAAAUUUUUAGAAAUCUAUGCGGAAGUGCAUUGGGAGAGAAUAGGAAUCUUGGAAUAACAAAGGAAGAGGCUUCCGACUUGCUCAACAGCUUAGUAAAAAGGGAUGUGCUAAUAGAGAAGCUAAAGAAAAUAGAAAUAAACAGGGAACCAUACACAGUCAAGUAUUUUUCUAAGAUCAAAAAGUAUUUUGAGACAAUGGGGCACAACGGAGUGAUUGAAAGAAUAUGCUUUGAUAAUAGCUGUAGAUUUGCAUUUAGCGGAGGAGCUGAUGGAAUAAUUAAGUGCUGGUCAAUUCCCGAUGGAAUGCUGGUAAAGUCUCUGUAUGGUCAUGAAAAUAUGAUUAGCGACCUGUGUAUAAAUAAGGAGGGAGAUUUGCUUGUGUCAGUAGAUUAUCGGGGACUGUUGAAUGUCUGGAGUUUAAAGGACUUUAAGCAGUUGCAUUCUGUCAAUCUGAAUUCCGAGGCCAUCUUCUGUGAAUUUAUCAACCACAGCACGCUAAGUAAUGCAAAUAACAUGGCAGAUCUCAAUACUCCAAUCAAUGUUGGCGCUCAUAAGAUAUUCAUUGUUCUGGCCGAUGGCACUGUAAAGUCAUUAGAAUUCAAUUCAAAGAAAAUAAUUGAGGAAAAAAAGAAUACUUUUAUGGAAGGAGAAAGCAUAAAAUCUAUAUGCAUAACCGACGGAGGAAGACUAGUUAUAUGCGGAGGAUGGUGGCCCUUUUUUCUGGUCUAUGACACCCAGGAUUUGAACAAUGUUAUUGUUUUGGAAGACUUUAAAAUCCAAACACUAUGUGCUGCCAAGAAUGCUUUGAAGUUUGCCGCAUCUAACGAGAAUCAGAUAUUUUCCUAUACCUUCUACUGUGAGGGGCCAGCGAAUGCAGGCAAUUUCAUAAAGAAAAGAGCAAGCCACGAGAGUGGAUAUUGGAAGAAACAUGUAAACUUGAUUGAUGGCGACUAUGUUGUUGAGUGGCUUAGCUUUCUGCCAUCCUUCCUGUUGGUGGCAGCAUGCUCUGAUAAUAUCAUCAGGAUCUACGAGGACGACCAGCUGGUUCUUUCUUUUAAGGGAGAGGUUGGCACAAUAUAUUCCCAUCCUACCGAGAAUAUUUUCGUUGUUGUGGGCACUAGAUUGAGUAUUUAUCAAAUAAGCAUAGGCAAGGAGCAUCCAGAGACUAGCUCUGAAUGUGACAACAUAGAGCAGUCCAAGGGAAUCCACUAUAGAUGCACGAGCAAUGACAGACCAAGCUAUAUUGUUACCAAUGCCAAACUUGAGGGCAUUAGUGUUAAUUUAAUAUAUUCUGAGGAUAUAUUUAUUAGUCUGAAUGACUGUCAGUUUAGUGAUGAUGGUAGGUUUCUUGUAACCUGUGAUGAUCAAGGAAUUAUCAGAGCAUACUCGAUUGAUGAGCCAAUUAUUGUUCCAGAGCAGCAAUUUUUCAUGUCAGAUCUUGAUAGACGCGCACAAACAAUUGAUGCAAAUCAAAAUAACAAUCAAAACACUGAGUUAAUAGCUUCCAAUAUCACCAGUGAUUCGGGUACUAAUGAUGAGACUGUCAACUUCUAUAGACAGAGAAACACCAACUGGCUUAGAAUUCCCUACAUUCUCUCCUCAAGUAUGCUUAAAAACAGAUGCAUUCAAAUCGAAGACUUAGCUAUUUUGUCCUUAGAUAAACUGAAACUAAAUGAAAAUAAAUUUAAGAGAAGAUAUCUCACUAAGCUUUAUGAAAAUCCAAUAGAAGAGGAUCCGAUAGAAGAGAUAAAUGGAAAUGAUGAAUCCGAGGAGAGUGAUGAUGAGACGUAUAUUAUGUCUGAAUCUAAUACCACCGAAGAAAAUAUUAGUUGUAAGUAUUCGGACGAGCAGAUCUCAGAGAGCAUUAUUGUUGCUAGUGAGGAAUCCUCAACUUUGAAUGUGGGGCCAAAACGACUCAGAAGAAGCCCAGUGUCCUCAAGCACCUCAAGCUCUAUGAGAAGACAGAGGAUAAAAAAGCUAAGGGGAUUUAGAAAGACAGACGCCUCGCCCAAUAGAAGACUGAUAGAGUCUGAGAGUAAUAGUAAUGCAAACCGGAAUGUUCGUAGGACAAGGAGAUUUAUUAUUGAAGACAGUGAUAAAAGCGAUGUUGGAAAUGAUGUUACUGGCAAUCUUAAUAGCAGCAUCUUAGACACUGUCAUAGUCAACAUUAACAGUAAUAGAGUUGGUGGUGCCAGCAAUACUGUCGGGAAUCAAAGGAUGCUGAGAAGAAGUCUUGGGCUACUCCCUGUGAAUGAUCAUAACGACAGUCAUUUGAAUGAGUCCAUGAACGAGCCUAGACGAGUUCUGAGGAAAGAUAUUGGAAAAAGACAGUGUGCAGAUAUUGAGGCAGGGGAGCUCGUUGACAGUUCGGAAAAUGCUAAUGGUAAAUCCAAUGCAUCAAUGGAGUCAAGUAUCGGCGAAGAAUCUAACAAUAAUAGAAAUUUUGGUGACAGUGUUGAUGGAUCCAGAAAAAAAAUGAAGAGGCUUAGAAAAUCUGAAUCUAACGAUAUCUAUGUCCGAUCCACAUAUGACAGAUCUAUUUUUUUGCUGUCUGACUCAACAAGCGAAGAGGGCAUUGAUCCCGACUUUGAAACGCUACUGACUAGCUUUUCACACGACUGGCUGUCGGUGUGUUCUAUUUACGUCCAGACACAAAUUUACUUCAACCUUCGUGCAUAUGAAGAAUUUAUGGGGUUGGAACCCAGGAUGCCCUAUUCUAAAUCAUAUCCCAGAGAGUCGGGCGUUUACAUCGUCACUUCCCGCCAGUACAAAUUCAUUGGCCGAAUUCCCUAUCUAGUAUUGGAGCUUGACUCAGCAUACUCAGUGAAGAUCUAUGAAUAUCCUCAUUCCAGGGGGAUUAUCUGUACUAUUGAUCAGUAUAAUAUUAAAAAGAGGGAGUGUGUGCUGUAUUGCAGAAGUUCAGAGUACUUAAAGGGAGCAAUAUCUAAUGUUAGUGAAAUGACGGUUACUAUAAAUAAGAGGGAGGUGCUAAAGUCUAUGAUUGCACUAUCGUACCCAUCUCUGAAUAUAUCAAGCAUUCCGUACUCUCCCUCCUUAAAGGCGCUGUUUGGGCUGUCCAGAGCGCAUAAGUUUAUGCAGAGGCCUAUUUUGAAUUAUUCUCUUAUCAAUCUUAAAUUAUCAAAUAACUUAUAUAAAAAUCGCGGGGAAUUUAUUGAAGAUUUGAAAUACCUGUCAAGCUUAGCAAGUAAAAUGGAAGAGCCAUUGAAGAGUCAGGCAAGAGCAGUUUACAGGAGAUAUGCUGAGUAG